CCCGUCCAUUUGGCCCCUGGUCGAAAGCUCUCGAUAGGUUCACUGACUUCCCGGUCGAGAAUCUCAAUUGCGACAAGUAUCUCCGUAACAAUCACGAGUCACCUGCGUUCAUCUCCAAAAAAUCGAUAUCGGGGUUCGCCUUCGGAAUAUAGCAGAGAUGAUACCCGUUCCACAGCACAAGUCGUACAAGUUCUAUCUCAAAGACUAUUCACUGGAGACCGGACGAGACCUGAAGUGUCAGAGAUUGGCGGAGGCCAUCAAGUCGGUGCUGGACGUGGACCAACAGUCACGGUUUGAUGGCGCUCAGCAAAUCAUCAACUAUCUUAGCGACAACUUGCACACUCCCGACUUCCCGGCUACAGCCAGCCUGUUGCUGAAACUGCUCAGUGACACCGUCCAUAGUUUAGCCAUCUCAAUGAAAGGAGGUCUCUCGAAUGAAGAACAAAAAUGGGCGACUGUCGUGGAGGGAAUUCUAGAAUGGUUUACCGCAAAGAUCAUGAACAGUAGCGAUAGCUCAGAGGCUUCUGGGAUCGCUUUGGAUGUGGCUCCACAAGCGAUAGAGCUCUUGGAGUCCGAGCCUGCUUUCGAGAAGGCUCCUGGUACGAUCAUGGCGGCAAUCCAUCUGGUUUAUACGAUUAUCAAGAAAGCUUCCAGUUUCCAACCACGAGUCCUAAAAGAUGUGCACAUUCGAGCUUUAGGGGACCAUUUCUACCGGUGCGAAGACCCAAUCAGUCGCUUUCAGGCCUUAGCUCUCUUCGCUACGAUCAUGCAGACCCGCAACAAGGGCACCAUCCAAUCGGACUUCAAAACAUUCGCAAAGUCGACUCUAGAAAAUGGCGGAUCGAUGAAUCACCUGCAAAAAGCUCUGUCGGAGUACACCAAAUCAAGGGUCUUUCAAGAGCCUAUGCUUGUGAACUGUAUGAAUCAGUUCUCUGGGCUCUACAAAUCUCAAGCGUAUAUCGUUGAAAUGAUACAAUGCAGGGGAAAGAAGUUACUGGGCGGUUCUUCGAUCGUGGUGUUUGUGCAGGAAGACAGCCUUCAUUGGGGUGGAGAGGACCUAGGGAUACUGAUGAAGCAGAAAGAUGAAGACGAAUCCACAUCCUACGCAAAGAACACUUGGGGCAUUCCGGCUUUGAAUGUCGCUCAAAGCGGGAAUACUUUGAUACUCAGCGCAGGAAGCGGCAGACUUGAUUCUUAUCCCCCUGAGAAGCGACUUCCCGGCCCGGUCAGGUUGCAGAUGCGACCACGAGAUCUGGACUCCUUGAAGGAAGAGCUCCUGUCGAGGAAUGCCGCUUUGGCAAGCCCCGCAGAUCUCGUCAAGCAGAAGGUUUCGGCCGGUAAGGAAGCCGCCAACCUGACCCGGAAAGUCCAGCAAGAUAUCACUGUGCACAGCGAGAAACGACGCGAAUCGAACACAGAUCAACAGAACCAGAGCGUAUCAGCUCCUUCGAAAGCGGCUACUCUUCCCGCUGGAAUGCAAUCGAAGAUCGUCGAAGCAGGGAUCGAAGACGAGAGUCUUCAAGAGUCUGCCGGACCAGCUCCCAGCCGACAACCCACCCGGCAGCCGCGUACUCGACCUCAACCCCCGGACCCGAAGAAGGUUUCCCGCGCACAUCAAGCAACAGCCGACCCUCCACAGAACAAACCAUCUCGAGUAACGAGGGCAUCUAAGAACUCGACCCAGGUUGGGGAGGUACAAGCAGAGUCCCAUCCCGUGGCGAAGUCUAUCGAAGGGGAUCAAGUGGUCAGGAUCGCCGCGACACCCACACAGCAUGAGGCAUUACCAAGACACGACCCGGAGCCUUCCGAUCUGGAGCGGCAGGAAUCUCCCAUUGAAGAGUUUCCAGAUUCUCCGGUCGUCAGCGAGAACCGUAAUCGAGUCAAAUCGCUAGAGCCUGAACUGGCGGCUAAAAGGCAACCGGUCAAGACUUACGGCAAGUCCCCGCGAGGUCCCAAGAAUGUCGUGACGCCCGUACGGAUAACUCCCAGUAGACAAAGUCGCAAGACGAUCGACGAACAGGUGGAAAAUAUCUCGGGAGUAACAAAGAGAAAGGCCUUCACUGCAUCGAAGACGACCGAUAGACCCGAUGAGCCUCGAGCACAACCGACGAGAUUGCAGAUGCAAGAGGCGUUCCAGGCGCAAGCUGGACCAAGCAGUACCCCGAAGGUGAACGUGAAGCAAAAACCACAACCUCGACUUUCCCCAGAUGCGCCAGAAGUCGAGCCCUCCGUGCUCGAUCGGCUCGAAGAUAGGGAAUCGCCAGCCAGGGAAUCUGAAGAGGAACAGAUCGAUUCUAGUCAGGAGAAUGACAAUUUUGGCGGGCUUGACGACGUCUUUACGGAUCACAAUACUGUAGCGACAGCGAAGCGCGUUCCCUCUCAAGCCAUAGCGGCGCCAAAGCCUCAAACAGUCGCGACGGCAGUUCCUUCCGAAAAGCCGGUCGUUGAAAAGAAGAAGCCUACCGCCCACCCUGUAGCUCCUCUACCAUCAAGUUCCUCAUCGACUACCACGCAGCGAGUAAUCAGGCGCGCCAUCCCCAAUCAUCCGCCUCCGACUGGCUUGACGGAGCCCGAAACACCUACCAGAAGUCAGAGGACUUCUGGCAAAGUCACGUCGCUUAGUCGGCUUGUCGCAGAACGAACAACCAGACAGCGUCCGGAGAUCCACAAGAAACCCUCGAUCAAGCCAGCGGCUGCCGACGAAAGCGAUGAUGACGAACCAGCGGUAGAAUCUCUGAAUCAACAAUUCAUCCUUGCAGAUAUCGAACGAGACAGAGAGAAGGAGAAGGAGAAGCGCAGGAGGUCUAUCCAGGAGAUGUCGCAAGAUAGUCCUUGUCAGGACCAAGCGGCUAGAUCUGAUGACGAGGCAACGCUGAUCGGACCUGCCAAGAAGAAACAAAAGCUAACGGGGGGGUUGCAGCCUUUCCUGGUCGAUGAGAAUAAUGCAAUGGGUACUGUCAGGAAGUUGAUGGACAAGAUCAAUCAGACCGUGUGGGAUGACUUUGCCGCUCAGUCCGCAGAGGCUCCUAUCCAAGCGAAGCAAUGCCAGAAAGAGUUGAUCGCCGAAACGGACAAGACGCUCGUCGAUUACACUAAACAAUGCCUGGAGAUUUACGGUAUCUGGUACGAAGAGAACGAGUUUCGGAAGGCCCAGGAGAACGAUCUGUUACAAAGAUUGGACACGUCGCGCGCCACCGCUGUCGAAUCUCUCAAACAAGCACAAAACAAGAUCGCGGCCUUGACUACCGGCAAGACCACAUUGCGCAAGACCCUUUUCGCUUAGCGAAUCAUACGGUAUAUGUUUCGUCGCAUGAUUUUCUUUUUCAAUAUGUCUGCGGUUUCUGAACUGCGCCGAGCUGUAUUCAUACUAGCUCUCGAUCACCUCGUC